UAUUUUUUACGUCUAGUUCAAAAUCAAAACACAGCAUUCAGAAAUAUUAGUCUAACUUUAAAUUACUCUAGUUAAGUUAUACAAUGCAUGAUUUGUUAAUAAAUGUUAGCAGCGAUCAAAACAUAUGCGUGCUCAUCAAUCUGCUGAUCGACUACCUAUUAGAAGUACCCAAACAAGAAACGACCAAAACGAAGCUGGCAUCGCUGCUAACCGUUUCCGGUACUGGCAACGAUGACAUCGGCUUUACCCUGAAGCUGGUGGAAAACUUGUUCCGCCAGUACUGCCUCAACGAGAUCAGCCAGGCGGAACUGCGGUCCCAUUUUGGCAAUUUGAGUCCCCAGAUGCAGACCCAACUGCUGGAGGGAUUGGACCGACGGCGGCCGGAAAUCGACCUACAUCUGAUCAACGAAGUGAACGCUCGCGACGGGCUGCUGAUGGAAUCCUUCGAUUGGGACGUAAAGUGGAUCAUGGGCAGCAGCAGCUUGGCGUCGGUUCGGGAGCAGAUCGCAACGAUGGCUCUGAACUGCCGGACCGGGAAGGACAUGCGGCUGCGAACGGUACGAUUCGAAAUGACCCGAGCCAAGAUAGACGAUAUGAUACGGGUUCUGGAAGGGUGCAGCACCGGGUGUUGACUGUUGAUAAGUGAAGAGCCAUUUAAUUUGCCAAUGUGAAUUGGGAGAAAAAUAUUCUGAUCUACAUUCUCUACUUGUGCUUUCAAGGAUUUUUAGGGACAAAUGAAAAAAUGAACCCAGAAAUAAAACAAUGGUAAACACCGGUUAUAGUUCGUUUGUAAUUUCCCUUUAUUUAAAAAUUGACAUAUCGACAAUUACAUUAUUCUUGUUUUGUUCUUCUCGUUUUAGUUGUUUAUGUUUCUGUAGAAGUUGUUAUCAAGUUUUUCAAUAAUAUCCAGAACGGAGAAUCCGACCUGUUUUUUUUUUGUUUCGGAUGUUAAUCCUGUUUGUGGUGGUAUGCAAUUGCGUUUUCUGUUCUUUCAGUUUUUUGUCCUUUCGGAACUUAUGCGGUUGAUCCCGAAACACGGAGGUAUCCAUUUGAUUUCGAACACUUUUUCGAUUUAGCAAAACGCAUUUCGAAAUCGUGUAGGCUUGAAAGAUCAUUUAAAAGGUGUAAAAUUUUUCGAUGCAGACUGGCGGUGGUUCUUUUGUUUUUGCGCGCUCUCGUUCAGCUUGUUGUAUUUUUUUCGUCUUCGAUUGAUUUCGAUAAAAGAUUGUGAAACUCGCUGUGAGCGACGGCAGUCUUGAUGUGUUUUUGCAAAUUCUGUUCUAAGUUGCUUGUGCUCUUGAUUUUGCUUAAAAUACAAUACUCGUAGAAAAUGUGUAUUGUUUUCUAAAAAAAAGAAAGCCCUCGUGAUUCAUUCUGUUAACUACGUUGUAAAAACAUAGCUCGUCAGAAACGAGGGCCCCUCAUAUUUAUUCAAUAUUUUCGAUUUUGUUUCAUUCGACGAUCCAAUGGAUGUAUUUCCCUAGUUAGUGACAUUAUGAGAUGAUCUCCGCGUCGGGAUUUUAGUUUAUGGUUUGAAAUUUAGUUCAUGUAAUUGUUACUAUCGAUAUUUUUUUCAUAAACUACAGUAUGUGUUGUGACUUUCCAGUUUGAUGUAUUUGUUGUUUAACGACAUGUACUAUGAAAUUUUGAAUUACAUAUGAUGUUGCAUUUUUUGCUGCUGUUGAGAAUUCGAUACGGCUAUAAUAAUGAAAUUUUUGUUUUCGCUACCAGCAAAAGUUUAAUGCUUAAAUCUUCCCCUCUUUUCAAUCCUUUUAUUUUCUUUUCUUUGAAAUAGAAUUUACAACAAAGAUAUUAAAAGAAAAGAGCCUUACACUUAUG